UUUACAAAAAUUCCUCAUGUUUAAUGAGAUUAUUCGUCGGAGCUAUUCGCGUUACUACUUUUUGUUCAUUUUUUUACUCGAAUUCUAAAUAUAGCCGGAGUUUUUUUCUUAAGAACUUUUUAAACGACAAUGUUUUUAAAAAACUUUUCUUAUUUAACUUUUUUGUGCUCAUUUUUCACCGCCUCUGUCAAGGCCGACUUUCAAUUGCCUUCCUAUUUAAAGCAAUGUUCGAAGAAGUCGCCAGAUUUCCAUAGAUGUAUGUUAGAUAAUGAAGAAGCUCUGCUACCUCAUAUAAUAGAUGGUAACGAAACCUUAAACAUACCAAAUUUGAAUCCUAUGUUCGUGCCGAAAAUCGUUGUGAAACAAGGUAACAAGCAAAUCGGCUUAAGUAUGGAAGUAACCGACGUAAAAAUCUACGGCAUGGGAGGCUUGAAAAUAAACCAACUCGAUUUGAACAUGGACAAAAAACAUUUGAAAACUCGUAUCGUAAUACCACGUUUGGAAAUUAUAGGAAAUCAUAAAACCACCGGUAAUAUAAUGGUUGUAAAAGUAUACGGCCAAGGAAAAUUCAACAUUACUGCAGUUGGUGUGGAUUUAGAGUAUGAAAAUGAUUUCGAUUAUGAAACUAAAGAAGAUGGUCACGUGUACACAAUGUUAAAAAGUCAGAAAAUCAAGAUGCUCAAUUUCAAAAGAGUGCACUACAAUUUGGAGAACAUGUUGGGCGAUGAUAAAUUAGAUACAGCUGUAAACGAACUUCUGAACCAAUACUGGCGUGAAUUAUCAUUCGAUUUAUUCGGAGAAAUGCAAGAAGAUUUAUUAGAUAUAAUGAGAACCGUUGUAAACGUAAUCCUAGGAGUAUAUCCAGUCGACGUUAUAAUAACUGAUUACAAUUCGUAAUUUUUAUAAAUAUUUUAUAGGGACCUACCUACCCUAAAUGUAAUUAUUUUUGUAUUAAGACAUUUUUCAUUAAAUAUACAUAUUUUUCUUACUCA